AUGCGAGAUCUCCCAAAAGUUGUAAAUAGCCGUUUAGUGAGGUGGGCUCUCCAGUUGAAUCAAUACAACUAUGACAUAGAGUACAGAAAAGGAGAAGAUAAUGUGUGUGCUGAUGUUCUAUCAAGACUUCCAAUUGAAGAAGAUCAACCUGAGGAGGCUCACAUUGGUUUUUUGAAUGUUGAUAAGGUUAACUCUAUCAUGUCUUAUGACCUCUUGAAACAAAAUUCGUUUACAGAUAAAGCAAUUAAAAUGGCAAAAAACUUUGUAUUGAGAAAUACAUGGCCCCCUGUUGUUCCUGAAAUGUUGAAGUCAUACAAACAGAGGAAAGAUGAAUUGAGUGUUGAAGAUGACAUAUUAUUGUGGUUUGGAAGAAUUGUAGUUCCAGAAUGCAUGAGAACUGAUGUUCUGAAGAUAUUGCACACAGGACAUCCUGGUAUUGUAUCAAUGAGGUCUGUAGCACGACACUAUGUAUGGUGGCCCAACAUGGAUACAGAUAUCGAAGUUUAUAUCAAGAGGUGCACAUCUUGUCAAGAGAAUCGAGAUAAUGUGGAAGAAGUAACAUUAUAUCCUUGGAAUGUACCUGAUAGAGUUUGGGAAAGGGUACACAUUGAUCUGGCAGGGCCAGUCAACGGAUCUAUGUGGUUGGUAGGUAUUGAUGCUUUGUCAAAGUGGGCAGAAGUGGACUGUCUCAAAACAACAAACUCUUCAACAAUCAUUCAACGAUUGAGAUCUUGGUUUAGUCGAUAUGGAAUACCAAGUGAAAUUGUGACAGACAAUAGACCUCAAAUUGUAUCAAAGGAAAUGGAAAAAUUGUUUGAGAAAAAUUUUAUCAACCACAUAAAAACAACUCCUUACCAUCCUAAAAGUAAUGGACUUGUGGAAAGAAUAAUUCGUACUUUGAAAAGACGGUUCUACACAACAAAGCAGGAUGUUGAAGAUGGAAUGCUAGCUCUUCAAAAUGUUCUUUUUAGCUACAGAAACUCGCCUCAGAAAACAACUGGUAGGGCUCCGGCAGAAUUGUUUCUCGGUCGUAGACUACCAACAAUUUUUGACAAUAUGGAACCUAAUCUUAGGAAAAAGAUGGAGAUGAAGCUUUGA